AUGGCAAAUCCUCCGCACGGUGGGAUUCUUAAAGAUUUAAUACUUCGAGAUCAAGAUUUACAUGAUGCUUUACUUGAAGAAUCUGAAAAUUUACCAUUUAUUUAUUUAACUGAUCGUCAAUUAUGCGAUUUGGAAUUAAUUAUGAAUGGAGGAUUUUCUCCAUUAGAAGGAUUUAUGAAUAAAGUAGAUUAUCAAAGUGUCGUUCGAACACUUCGACUCAAAAGCGGAAUAUUAUUUUCGAUGCCAAUUACACUUGAUUUAUCAGGAUCAGAAAUCAAGAAAUUACAAUUGAAACCUGGUAAACGAUUGGUUUUACGAGAUUUAAGAGAUGAUAAACCAUUGGCAAUUUUAACCAUUCAAGAUAUUUAUCAUCCCAAUAAAAUCGAGGAAGCAAUUUAUGUAUUUGGUGAUAAUGAUUUGGCACAUCCUGGUGUUAAAUAUUUACAUAACGAUGUUAAAGAAUUUUAUAUUGGUGGAACGAUUGAAGCAAUUGAUCUACCUACGCAUUAUGAUUACAUUGAACAUCGAUACACUCCAACAGAACUUCGUGCAUAUUUCAAAAAACUUAAUUGGACUCGUGUUGUAGCGUUUCAAACACGUAAUCCGAUGCAUCGAGCACAUAGAGAAUUAACAGUUCGAGCAGCCCGUAAUAGACAAGCAAAUGUAUUAAUUCAUCCAGUCGUAGGAUUAACCAAACCUGGAGAUAUUGAUCAUUACACGAGAGUUCGAGUAUAUCAAGCUUUAAUGCCAAAAUAUCCGAAUGGUAUGGCUGCACUUAGUUUAUUGCCUUUAGCUAUGAGAAUGGGUGGACCAAGAGAAGCUUUAUGGCAUGCAAUUAUUAGAAAAAAUUUCGGAUCAACUCAUUUUAUUAUCGGUAGAGAUCAUGCUGGACCUGAAGAAUUACAAAUAGAAGUAGUUCCAUUCCAAAUGGUUACGUAUAUUCCAGAUUCUGAUGAAUAUAUGCCAAUUGAUGAAGUUCCCGAAGGAACCAACACAUUAAAUAUUUCUGGUACAGAAUUAAGAAGAAGAUUACGUACAGGAGGUCAAAUUCCUGAAUGGUUCUCAUAUCCAGAAGUAGUAAAAGUUUUACGUGAAACUCAUCCUCCAAGAUCUAAACAAGGAUUCACUUUAUUAUUUACUGGAUAUUAUAAUUCUGGAAAACGUAUAAUCGGUAAAGCAUUACAAGUUGUACUUAAUGAACAAGGUGGCCGAUCAGUCACUUUGUUAUUAGGAGAAACUGUUCGUAAUGAACUUUCACCUGAACUUGGAUUCUCUCGAAAAGAUCGAGAUCAAAAUAUUGCACGUAUAGGAUUUGUUUCAUCCGAACUUACUAAAGCAGGUGCGGCAGUUAUAGCUACACCAAUUGCACCUUAUGAAAAUGCACGUGCUCAAAUAAAACAACAAGUUGAAGCUUACGGAGGAUUUUAUUUGGUUCAUGUUAAUACUCCAUUGGAUUAUUGCGUUAAAACUGAUCGUAAAAAAAUUUACGAGCAAGCAAAAUUAGGAAAAAUCCAGAAUUUCACAGGAAUAGAUGAUCAAUAUGAAGCACCUACUAAUGCAGAUAUUGUGGUAGAUGUGAGCAAACAAAGUGUUAGUGAAAUUUGUCAUCAAAUAAUUUUAUUACUUGAAAAGGAUGGAUAUGUUGGACAAAGAUAA